AUGGCGUCGUCUCAGAAACUCACAGAAUACGAGCGGAAGCGCCUCGAGAACAUUCGUCGAAACGACGAAAUGAUGGCUGCUCUUAAAAUCCACUCCAAAGCCACUGAGCUCUCCGCCUCUUCCUCUGCUAAGCGCCAAAGAGUUGUAACUAAAUCGUACAAAGUGAGUCCGGAGAAGAAGCCCAGAACUCAAUCCCCAAUCGUAAUCCGAAGGUCCCUGCGCACUCGUGGAAUGCCACCAGAAUACUCUGACUUCAAAGCUCUAGACGAUACUGUCGAAGCAACUCCUGUGGCUGCAAAAGCUUUAACCCAAUCCAACCCUUCGCCGCGAGAUUUGGGGCCUCUUAGUAGCAGAGAUGCUUAUCGUGGAACCGGCUCCGAUAAACUACUAAUGGAAAGGAUUUUGGGCGUUUCAAAGAAACCCCAUGAGGAUUUUGGUUAUGAAAAUGGUGGGGAUUCGAUAAAGGGUGCGUGUGAUCGUUUGGAAUUGGGUUCUUUGAGUCUGAAUCCAGAGAAUAUUGCGCGAGUUGUGCCGGGGAGGAUAAUGAAUGUGCGGUUUUUGCCUUGUAGCAAUUCGAAAUUGAUUGUGGUUGGGAACAAGUUUGGGGAUGUUGGGUUUUGGGAUGUUGAUUCUAGUAUGGAUAAAGAUGACGGGAUUUAUUUGUAUCAUCCACAUCCUGGUCCCAUUUCCGGGAUUUCCAUCCAGCAACAAUGCUCAUCAAAGAUCUUUACCAGUUGUUAUUUUGGAUUUAUCCGAUUGAUGGAUGCUGAGAAGGAGGUAUUUGAUCUGGUAUAUUCUAGUAAUGAUUCUAUAUAUUCUCUUUCUCAACGACCAGAUGAUAUCAAGUGCUUAUAUUUUAGCGAGGGUCGUGGAGGUUUUAAUUUCUGGGAUGAAAGGGUUGGAAAAUGCUCAACCCAAUGGAAUUUGCAUGAAGAUAGGAUUAAUUCCAUUGAUUUUAACUCAGAAAACUCUAACAUCAUGGCUACCAGUUCCUCAGAUGGAACUGCCUGCAUAUGGGAUUUGAGAAGUGUUAAUGUAGAUCAACCCAAACCUCUGAAGGAAGUUAGGCACAAUAGGGCUGUGCAGUCUGCUUACUUCUCACCCUCUGGAAGCUCCCUCGCAACAACAAGCAUGGACGACACAGUUGGUAUAGUGACUGGAGUUAAUUUCGAUAACACUUCAAUGAUUAAGCAUAACAAUCAGACAGGAAGAUGGAUUUCUUCUUUCAGAGCAAUUUGGGGCUGGGAUGAUUCAUACGUCUUCAUUGGCAAUAUGAAAAGAGGAGUUGAUGUUAUCUCCCCAGCUCAAAAAAGAACAAUAUUCACUCUAGAAAGCCCACACAUGUCAGCAAUUCCAUGCAGGUUUGAUGCACACCCUUACAAUGUUGGCAUGCUUGCAGGAGCCACUAGUGGGGGCCAGGUUUAUAUGUGGACAUUGGGCUAAGAACCUCGGUUUCUUCCUGCACCAGAGUUUUCAUAUUGAUGUUACCAGUUAGUGUAAACAUGACUAAUAUUGUAAUUCUUCAUGCAGUUUAAUGUGUUACAAACUGACAAGAAAAUGCUUUUGUUAGCCCCAGUUACUAGAAAUGUCGGCUAGAAUUUUUUCUUGAAUUUUGUUUUGGUUUUUCUUUUUUGUCUGGGUAAGAAUUAUUACAACUAAAUGACUAAUGACUGCUUGUGGAA